AUGGGCAUGCUCCGCAACUUCGUCAAGGUCAUGAGCCUCCGGGUUCACGCCGCGCUGGCGCCCCUGAGCACGCCGUUGCGCACCGCUCGAGGAGGUGGCAGCGGCGGCAGCGGCGGCAUAUUCCCUGAAGUCAACGGCGAAGUCGCCAGUUUGGAUUUCCCGUACCUCCAGGACAUAUAUACGUUUGCAGCGUACUCGCAUGCAGCGUACUGCCCGCACAACUGGGAUGGGCUGCUCGGCAACCCCGUGUGCCAGGCGGCGAGCGCCAUCACCACCGCGUCGCAACUGCACGAGGGUCGCCACCAUGACGACAGCAGCAGCAACAGCAGCAACGACAGUAACAGCACCACCGCGAGCGCAAACCAUCCAGGAACAGGGGCACGUGCCAGCCCCGAAGCGCGCCUCCUGCGCACCGGAUGCGCCAUCUACGGCUCCUCGCAGACCAUCGCCGAGCUCACCGAGGAGCACGACAUCGCGGGCAACGUCGUCGUCAACCACGCGCAGCGGCUCCUCGUCGUGACCUUUCGCGGCACGUCGCGCGCGUGGGAGUGGAUGCGCGACCUGCAAGCCGCGCAGGACAACGCCCCCGAGCUCCGCUGCGGCGGCGAUUGUCGCGUGCACAGUGGCUUCCGCGCCGCCUUCCUCAACGUCCGCGGGCCGCUCAACGAGACGCUCGAGGCGUGCCUGCGCGAGCACCCGGCGUACCGCGUCGUCGUCACGGGGCACUCGUACGGCGGGGCGGUGGCGACGCUCGUGGGCGCGUACCUGCGCUUCGUGGCAGGUGUGGAGGCUGAUAUCUUUACGUAUGGCGCGCCGAGGGUGGGUAAUGUGGUGUUUGCGGAGAGGGUGAGUAGUGGGAUGACCAGCGGGGCGCGGGAGGGGCCGUCGUCGACGAGGAGUAGGAUGAGGAAGAUGAAGGGGCGCCAGGACAGCAUGGAUCAGGAGAACGAGAAAGCAAAAGGGUGCGGGCCCAUCACGGCGCGCGUCACCAACAGACAGGACAUUGUGACGGCGCAGCCGCCCAUGUACAUGUGGCUGCCGUUCGGGCCGGUCGAAUACGCACACACGACGCCCGAGUACUGGUUCGAGCGCGGCUUCGGGGAGCUUUCGUCGUCGUCGUCGUCGGCGGCGACAGUUGGUGACGAUGGGCCUGAAGAGCGGCGGCAGCAGAAGCAGAAGCAGCAGCGGCGGCGACUACCACUUGACGGGCUGCGCGUGUGUCGGGGCGUGCAGCACGUCGGGUGCUCCGCGCAGUUCUCCUUCCUCAACCUGCUGACGCUGGCGCAGCGCAUCGCCGACCACGGCGGCUACCACGUGUUGUCGGCGCCGUGCCCGGCAGACAAGGGCCGGAGGGACCGCCUCAUCGAGGACGUGCUGCCGACGGUCAAGGAGGUCAUGAGGUGGCAGUGGGGGAACAAGUUGAACAAGUUGAACAAGUGGAACAGGGGCAAGGGGAACGGGGGGCGGGCGCGUGGUGGUCGCCGGAGGAGUUGA